UUUUCUUUGGCAUUUUUGCUUGUAAAUGACAAAAAGUAAUACUGUUUAUGUUUCUAUUGUGAAACAGCUUUGAAGUAGCCAUAUAAGUUAUAAGAGGUAAAUUCACAACUGUGAGAUGUUUACUGAGAACAUUUGGCCUGAACAAAACCCAAGUCCCUGCAUUUGACUUCUUUUAUACCAUGAACCAUCAAUUUAAUAAAGGACCUGGUGCCCCACAGCGUCAGUUCAGUGCUGGUCGUCAAGGUGGCUUCCCUGCCAACCAUCUUGAAGAUCCCUUACCAAGCCUCAGCGACUUCCAUGACUAUGAGCCUAACCUUGAAUUUGAUGACACUGAGCUGCAUGCUGUCCCACCUGUAACAGGUGACAUGCCUGACUUGGUGCAGAUUUCUCAGGACUAUCAAGAGUCUCCUGUUUCUGACGGCACUAUUGAGGAAAAUUUUGAGAUGGAGUUGGGUGAGGAGGCAGAGGAUGAACUUGGUAAAAAACCGGACAAGACCUUACAACACUCACCACCUGUACCACAGGACUUUUCUGACAUUGCCAAGCACGGCAUAGUAGACAUUGUUGGAGAUGAUCCUUAUGGCAGGAAGGUGGUGGUGGUGUCUGCCUGCAAGCUCCCCAGCAACAAGACCUUUGAUCAUGCAAAAUUUUUAGCGUACCUAAUGCACACCCUGGACCAAUACGUUGAGCAAGAUUAUUCUCUUGUGUAUUUCCACUUUGGCCUGAACAGAAAUAACAAGCCACCUUUUUCAUGGCUCUGGUCUGUGUAUAAGCUCCUUGAUAGGAAAUAUAAGAAGAACCUGAAGGCACUCUAUCUUGUGCACCCUACCAAUUUUAUCCGAGUUGUUUAUAAUAUCUUCAAACCGGCCAUCAGCGCAAAGUUCGGUCGGAAGUUGCUCUAUGUAAACUACCUCCAAGAACUGCAGCAGCAUAUUGACCUCAAGCAGCUGCCCAUCCCGGCUUGCGUUAAAGAGCAUGACGCGCUGUUGGUAUCCAAGUUACGAGCACCGCUGAGAGCUCCCCAAGUGAGCAGCAAAGAAGUGUCGCCGCGCCAUCAGUUCGGGGGCGUGAGUCUGCAGUUCAUUAAGAAUAACAACGACCAGGACCCCAUACCGUCCAUACUGAAGCAGUGCAUCACUUACCUUGACCAUCCUGACGCUCUGGAGACGGAAGGCUUGUUCCGACGGUCUGUGGUGGCGUCGAGCGUCGAGGACGUGAAGCGUCGCUGCAACGCUGGCGAGGUGAUCACGUUUGAGCCUGUAAACGAUGUGCACCUCGCAGCCGUCAUGAUCAAGACUUUCCUGAGGGAGCUCGAGGAGCCGCUCAUACCUUACUGCCUCUACGAACAAGUGCUUGCCAUGCACAGUCUUGAGAAGAGCCAACGUGUGGGGGCGUGUCGAGCUCUUGUUCUGGAGCAGCUUCCAGAGGACAAUUACCUUGUACUUAAGUUCAUAGUUAACUUCUUGGCCAAGGUCAUGGACCGGGCUGAUUUGAACAAGAUGACGGCAGGCAACUUGGCUGUCGUGUUCGGGCCCAACUUGUGUCGCCCGCCCGUCGGAGGCAGCCAGCAGAUCUCGCUCUCUUCCAUGCAAGCUGUCAACGUCUUUGUUGAAGCUCUCCUCACCAACCACCACUGCAUCCUCACCAAGUGAAGAGCUGCUGCUGUGUCACCAAGUGAAGAGCUGCUGCUGUGUCACCAAGUGAAGAGCUGCUGCUGUGUCACCAAGUGAAAAAAGGCAGCUUCAGCACAUUCAAGCAUUUCAUAUUCACUAACCAAAAUUAUUAAUUCUGAGUGAGAAACUGCAUGAAGAGAUUCUCUUCAUGCAGCGAAAAGUAUCUAAAUGUUGCGCCCUUUUGCGUGCUUUGCUCUCUUCAGCUCAUGAUAUUAAAAUAUCCAGUUUUCCAUAAACUUUCAUGAAUGCCAAAGAAACGAGUGCAAACUACAGAAAAUAUCUAGAGUCCUCCUAUGAAUAUUGCGCGCGCUAUACGAAACUCUCUUACAAUAGAGAUUACUCAUUGAAAAUAUCCCCCUGCAUUAUAUGUGGUUGUGUGCACUCUAUGUUUGCUAACUGCGCAUAACGUCGAGGAGGUUGAAGAUAAAUUUCUUCAUACACGCAAUGUACUUAGGCAAUGCAUUCAUGGUAUAUUCAUUCCUUGCUUGUUCUAGUUUCAGCCUCGGCUCAGCUGUCUUGUGACAGCACUCUUUUUAGCUGUUGCUUUUAGUACCAGCUGUAGGAGCCUUCUGUGGUUACCAGCUAUUUCAACUACAAACAGUUCCCUUUUGUUCAAUGGUUGUUCACAAUUUAUUAAAUUAAUUCUAAAAUGUAUUUAUUUGCUCUGAAUAGGUUUCUUUGAUAUUUUCGCUCAACACAUAUUUGGUUGUGAAAAUUUUCGGAUUAUUGCGCCCUUGUUGUACAUUGAUACUUUUAGUUUAAGUUGUUGGUGCUGCCCGUGUCGUAUCGAGUGUUCAUGAAGCAGAUUCGAUAGCGGUGCUGAGUGUCCGUUCUGGAUAGUUUUUAGGGUAAUUGUACAAAAUAUCUUCAAUAAUCCAUCACUAAUUUCUUAUGGCAGUAGCAGCGGCAUUGCCAUCUAGUGAAUUUGUCUGCCGCAAAACUUAUCUAGCGUGAAUGUCGGCUCCGCUGUUUAGAACUUCAAGGUUGGCACAAACUGUCUAACAUUUUCAAAAUAAUUGCAAACAACAUUUUUUUCAUUCAAUUAUGCACGGUUUUCAUUAUUCCAUUAAUUUAAAAUUCUGCUUCAAAACAUUCCAUUAGACUUUCUUAACCUUACUUGCAACUGCCUUCACACACAUUCUGUCACAAAUAUCUUCUCUAGAUAUUCUCAACCGGGGGAAAUGCUGCUUUAUAAAUAGACGCUUUCUAUUAAAAAUUUGCAGUACUGAAAAGAAAGGGGUCUUUCAGUGUGAGACUUCUAACUGACUACAGUGGUAAACGUUCAAUUAACUUGAAUGCACCGUUCUCCUGAUUU